AUUCAUUCAAUUCCUACACUCAUUGAAAGGCCACUCACAGAGUGCUAUACUAUUGCCAUCUGUUGGCCAACCAUUCCUCUUGAAUCUACUGGUGAUGCCAUUGAGUGGUAGAUAUCAAUGGCUCUGAAUCUGAUCCAAUCGCGACGGGUAUUAUACCCCGGGUCUGGAGAUAUACGCGACUAUAAGGACGGCACUAAAGUGACAUUUCACUUCAGAACCGUGAAACUGGCGGCCGAUGGCAGUGGCGGUGAUGAUGAGGACCAGUUGCAGGUGAUCGACGACUCGAGAAAGUGUGGCAAACCUAUGGAACUGAUUAUCGGAAAGAAGUUUAAACUGAUUUUAUGGGAGGAAUGGCUGAAACACAUGAGAGUCGGCGAAGUGUCGCGUCUGGUGGCCGACCAGCGCUUGUGUACUGACUAUCCAUUUGUGUCCAAAUGUUACCGAAAGUUCUCGCAUCAGAGCAACGCUUCCAACGGUUCCCAUGACGAAGAGGAAGACAACAUACCUUCGCGUCGCUGUUGCGGAAUGGCGCUAAACGCCGGGUUAGGUCACCAGGAUUUGGAUGAACUCGUCACACAUCCCCGUCCGCUGCAGUUCACUAUCGAGUUAUUAUCAGUUGAGUCACCCGAAGAAUACGACAAAGAGUUGUGGCAAAUGUCUGAAUCGGAACUAUUGGAAGCCAUACCUCGCUAUCGGACCGAAGGGAACCGUCUCUACUCUGGCGGUCAGCACCGGGAGGCCGACCAGCUCUACAGCAAAGCCGUCGCUAUUGUCGAACAAUUACUGCUGAGGGAAAAGCCGGGCGACGAAGACUAUCACCGCUUGGAACUGUUAAAAGUGCCGCUUCUGUCAAACCUGUGUCAGUGCCGACUACUCACUGAAGACUACUAUCCGGUGAUUGACUUCGCGGGUCAGGUGCUCGCCAUUGAUCCCAAUAACUCGAAAGCCCUGUACAGGAAGGCCAGGGCUGAGGGAAAGGUAUGGAAUUUGGUGGACAGUCGUCGCGAUUAUCAUAGGGUUCUCGAGUUAGAGCCCAGUCUUGAGAAGACUGUCCGCAAAGAGUUGGCCGCUUUGGAUGUGUUGGAGAAGGAAAGGGAUGUAAAGGAUAGCAAGUUAUUGAAGGGAAAGUUGUUUUCGUAG